AUGGAGCCUGACAAAACCCAUAAGAAAGAAACCCUCAGAGACAUCGCCAGAUCCCACUCCUCCACGGCCAGAUCCCGCAAAAAGCCUGCCCCUUCCAAAAAAAUCAAGCACCUGCUCAAAGACCCUAUAAAUGAAGAAAAAACUGACAUUGUCGAAAAACUAUUUAAAAAUGCCAGAGAAAACAUCGCCAAGCUGGAAGAGUAAAUUUUACGCAGAGAAAAGCAGCAGUCCAAGCCUAAUAAAGCAACCCCUAUAGCUCCACAAAUAAAAAUAGAAAACGGGAAAAUCGUUAUUGAUAAAGAAAAACUUGUAGACGCUUGUGCACAAUCUAAAAUUAGGCAUGAAGAUAUGGAAAUUGUAAGGGAAACUGGAAAUUCGUUGAGGUCAAAUAAAAGAUUGCAUAGUGAGAGGUGAAAUCCUGAUGAAACUGAAAUGUUUUAUACAGUAAUAAAUAAACAGGCUUUGCAAUUGUUUGGGACUGAUUUUGAGCUAAUUGCGAAUUUUAUGAAAAAGAGGACGAGGAAUCAGAUUAAGUCGAAAUUCAAAAAAGAGUCGAAAAAUAACCCUGGGAGGGUGGAUCAUGCUAUUUGAAAUCGCAUCAAUUUGACGAAAGAAGCAUAUGAUGAUUAUAUAAAAACACUGAAAAUUGAAUCUCAUUAA